UUAAGAAGAGGUCAGCCGUUGGCGGCGGCGGCGACGGCAGCCGGGAGGGUUCAUCUGGCGGCGGGAGAAGCGGCGGAAGUUGAUAAUUCAGCGUUUCCAAAGAUGAAAAGGAAAAUUGCCAAAGUUGGGAAGCUGAGGCUUAGUCCUAAUGAAGAAACCAUGCUUCUGAAAGAAGAAUAUGAAAGAAGAAGAAAACUGAGACUACAGCAAGUUAGAGAGCAGCAGAAGUAUAUUGCCUUGGAGAUAAGACAGAAAGUGAAGCAGAAGAGAGAAGAACAGCUACAUCAGUUAGAGGUGGCCUUGAGAGAUGAAUGGCAGAAAGCACAGGAUCAAAAAAUGAAAGCCUUAGAAGAGCUCUAUUUAUCAAGUUUAAGAGCAAUUGGUGAGGGUCACCGACAAGCCAAGGAGAACGAACCUGACUUAGAAGCUCUGGCAAAGCAAGCAGAGGAAAGGAAACAAAAAGCAGAGAAGAGACAUAGGAAAGCCCUGAAAGAGCAAAAGUAUCAGAAAGAAAAAUUACUUCGUGAGCAAGCCCGACGAACAGAUGCUCGUAAACAUGCUCUGGAAGUGGAAAGACAAAGAGCAGCCAAAGUUGCAAGCUUGCCACCUCCUCUGCCACAUCCUCUUGAGAAUUUUGAAGUAAAAAAGACUCCUGCAGUGAAGCCCUCUGGUGCUGACAACUUUUCGGUUACACGUUACCAUAUUUCCCAACUUUAUGUAGACAGAGCAGUGGAUGGAGAGCAGCCAGAUGCUCGGUUAGCUGCGGAAGAAGAAGGGAAACGUUUGGAGGAACUACACAGAGAGAUAGAGAGGGAGAGAAAAGAACAGCUUGAAAAGGCACAUCUCAGAGGAAGUCAUGCCUUGAAGAAGGUCCAUUUGGCUCAGGACAGGGAAAAGCUACUGAAAGAACUUGAGCAAAUGCAGAACAAGGACCGGAUGCGUAGAAGACAGAUUGUAGCGCAGAUGCCACCUCAGCUUUUCAUGCCUGCGUACAAACGCAUGGAAAUGAAAGAAGAAUGGCAGAGAGAAUUGGAGUUUGCAUUUGAAGAUAUGUACAAUGAAGACAAGAAAAUGAAGGGAGACCUGAUUUUGCAGUUUGAGCCACAACCUUUGCCAGCCCCUUCUGACAGAUGUCAGGAUAAUGAUCUUGAUAUCUCUUUGGAGCAAGAGUUUGCUUGUGACACUCAGCCAGAAUCUGCUUCCAAUACGCAGCAAGAAUUGGGACGGAUUGUAGAAGAGGAGGUCCCCAAUGAAUCAGAAAAUACUGAAGAAGCAAAAUCUCACCAACCUCAGUCAAAAUUUGCCUUAAUGAAAUUGUUGGACAAGAUUAGAAGUCAAAAAGAGGAGUGGACAUCAAAAAGUGUGAAGGAGAUUCAGAGUGAAACUGAGACAAUUGAAUCAGGCACAAUUGCUAGUGAAGAAAACCCACUCUCUGGUUUAGAACUUAACUCUGAGCAACAGGAAAAUACAACAUGUGAAGCCAAAGAGACUGUGAAAAUCUUGGAAAAUACAGUUGCUGCUGAAAACUCAGUUCUACUCCAUCCUCAAGAACAAGCAGCUAAAAUUAGAAUGGAAAAGGAGAAACCAAAAUGGCAAAUAGAGCAACAGAAGCAGGAACAGCUGAUGCUGCUUAAACAAAUUGAAGAGAGAGCACGUCUGGAGGCUGAUUUUCUGAAGAUCCAAAUGCAAACCUGCUUGGAAGCGACUCAGAAAAAAAGAGAAGAGGAAGAGCCAGGUCAGCUGAUGCAAAGCCACUGUGUGCCUUCCACUCACCAGCAGGACAAAGUGGAACAUGAGACUGGAAGUAAUGCCGGAUUAGAAACCAGGAGUCACAGAGAAGACAGACAUUUGCAGAUGAUCCAUGAUUAUCAGCAACGCCUUCUACAGCAGAAUAGGCUGCACAAACAAACCGUCCAAGAAGCUAGAAAGCAUCUACAGGAGUAUCAGAAUAAAUUGAAGCAAAGAUGCUUGUCUCCUGCAACACCCCUGAGCUCUGUGGAAACAAGAUCAGUUAAUUUAAAGUCAGUCUCAGAACCACUUCUGUGGAGGCAAGAAGUACAACCGACACCAUACCAGUCAUCUGGACAAGCUCACACACAAGAGUAUGCCCUGUCACUACCUGUGUUUUCAGGAGCACCGUGCACGGUGGUGAAACCAGCGUCAAAACAAGAAGAGCAAAUGCACGUUUGUCCUGGCAGGUGUGUACAGUUCAUAGAAGCACCUAAACUGAAGCAUGGAGAGUUUGGAUUGCCAUGUGACUGUCCUUCACAGGUACAAGUGGGAAUGUUGGAAACCUCAAAUAAUCACCUCAGAGAACCAUCUCACUUGCAGCUGUCAUCAGGGUUAGUUAUGAAAGAUGUUGCUGCAGUAAGAAUGCAACCGGAAGCACACAAACAACAUGUUAGAUUUGUUUUGCCUGCAGAAGAUACUUCUGAGCUUUUGGAAGCAGUGCACUUCGACGAGUCAUCUCAGAAGAUAUCUAUCCCUCAAGCAAAGACAGAAGCUGGAGAAGAGCCUCUGCUUAAGACAUCUCUUAUGCCAGCACCAAAAGGCUCUCAUCUAAUUCAAGCAGCCUCAAUUGAUUCUUUGGCCUGUCAACAGGGACCUGCAGAGAGCACCAUCAAAACAACAAGCUUUGAACAACCCCUCAGUCUUUCUGAACCCGUGACUAUACCUCCUGAAGAAUCCAAAGCUCAGGGUGUUAGGGAAUUCCUGAUAUCAAAAAGGGAAGAUGCAUCUUUAUUUAAUUAUUCUGAUAUAGUGAACUUAAGGGACAGAGUAUUGGCCUCAGCAGAAAGCAUCCAAGCUCAGCAAAAGUAUUUGAAAGAAUUGCAAGAGCAGCUAGAUGCACAAAGAGAAGCUCUUCUUUCUAGACAGAAAAUGCAAGAACAACUGCUUUUACAGAAGCAAGAUGAAUUGAAGGAACGAAUGCAGAGACAGCAAGAGGCUUUGAAACAGUUUCUGAACAGGCAGGUGAGACGUCUGAGCACAAAUGAAGAAAUGACAGAGGCACAAAAGCCUGACUUGAUUAACAGGACUGACUUCUCCAAAGUCUCAGAAAACCACCAUCAGGAGAACUGUGGCAGGAGUAAAUUUUACAGAAGUGAACUGAUUUCACAGUGCAUUGGUCCAGCUGAGCAGACUGAUCAAUCCGACAGAGUUCUGUGUAGAGAACAGAAAUGGAAAUCUUCCAAACCACCUGUGACAAAAGUCAAGUUAGGACUUGAUUUGGAACAGCAUGAACUUAGUGUUAUACCAGAAGCAGACACAUCAAAGAGUUGUAAUAUUUCUUUUACAGGUCAGUCUGAGGAUUCUCAGGUGGCUCAAGAUUCACCAGUUCUUGCUGCAGAAGGUGGAGGAGGAGUUACAGCAUAUUCUAGACCAUCAUUCAGGCAUGAUAAUGUGGAAGUACUUGCUAGAGUAGCAUCCUUGAACUUGGGGUCAGAGCCUUUCAUGCAAGGAAUACCCUGUGACUUGUCUUCAACAAUUUCCACUGGAAGCUUUUUGACUAGUGAGGCAUUGGAUGCAAGCCCUGUUGACACUGGAUUGUCUGCUGAUAGUAUAGAAGAUGGAAUUUUGACAGAAACAGCAAGCUGCCCUUGGAACUCCUCGCUGCCCUUUACCUCACAGCUGAGACAAGAGAAUUUGGUUGGAGCAUCUGAAACUCGGUUGCCUGAAGGAGAGAUGUCCCUUUAUCAAGGAAGUCAGCGGAUCUUGGGGAAACGUGCUGAAGACCUGGCCACUUUCUCAGAGAACAAUACAUGUUUCAAAGCUCUAACAGCUGAAUUUGAUUUUCCUGAAAUGGAGAGGCAUUUUCCAAACUUCCAUCACCAGGUAUUUCAGCCUUUGGAACCAAGUCUUGACUCCGAUACUUCAUCAUCCUGUUCUCAAAACAGAAUUCCACAAGAGAGCAAAGAAUUUAGCAAGGUUUCAAAAGUUUCAACAAAAAGCCAAGGUAUGUCUACAUCUCUAGAAGUGGGAAACUCCACUUGGAAAGUCCCAAGAAGCAGUCUGACUUUGAGUCUUGAAGCAAACAGGCCAAAGAACAUUGCAUCAGGACCAGAAACUGUUAAAGAACACAUGACUGCAGGAGCUGAAGAAUCUUUUCAUGCACUGCAAUUAGAAACGACUCUGAGCAAUCACUGUCAGAAUGCUGAUCAGCCAGUGGAGUACAAUGCUGCAUUACAGAGGUCUUUUGAACAAACCCCUGGAACUAAGAAACGGGGCAGUGAGAGCUGUACUUCAUCUGCUGCAGAAUAUGAGGAACUGUCCAAAAAAAUUGAAUACAUUGAUCUCCAGUGUUCAAUGGAAGAGCUGCAAAAUGGCAGUCUGAAUCCUCUGAGAGAGCAAAAAUCAUUUUAUCAGCUAGAUACCACACCAGUUACAGUGCAAGAAACUUUCUCUCAACACUUGCUAAAAGAGACUGUGUCUUCUGAAAAGUUACUUGUGAAGACGUUUGAUAAGAUGUAUGUAAAGCUUCCUGAAAAACCAGUUCAUGUACAUGAAGCAAAUAAAGCUGUAGAGCUGGAUUUGCAGUGCAAUACAAAUAGGAAGGAGCCUGACCAAAGCUUUCCAGAGGUACAAAAAUUCUGGAAGAUUCACAGAGACAUCAGCUUGGAAGCCUCAGACAUCCAUUCACAAGCUGCCAUACAGCAGAAUGGGUCUCUCCUGGAAACACAUGAAAACAGUUCUAAUUGUGUUCCCAGACGCUCGUGUCGUAUUCCAGUCUGGGAGACAGAGUCAGGGCGUGGUAUUAUGGAAGAACCUGAACUCACUCUGAUAAGCUCAAAUGAUGUCAGUGUGGCAGAGUCAGACAUUGAACGUACUAAUCAAGAGAAAAUUAAGGAUAAAAUCAAUAACCCAGCAUCUGUGGAUCAAUCUGGAUUGAAUGUCUUUCCUGAGGAGCAAGAAUUUUCACCACUGGUUCCAGAUGCUGAUUGCUCAGUGCUCAUAAAGCCUGACAGUUCUUCCACAGCCCAGAGUACCAGUGCCACUCCCUUCCCGUCACAUCAGACUGCAGUGAUGCUGCUGGAGUUUGAAGCUACACCUGGAAGUCUGCAGGAAAACUUUUUAAAAAGAAAGAAGAAUUUCAUCCAGAAAUCUCUGAAAAGAGUUGAAGGAGUAAAAAAUAGAGAAAAAGAAAACAACAAGCCAGAAGCCAGGCAGUUUCAAAGAGGAAAGUCUGAGCCAUCAAUGAGGCAAAAGGAGGGUUUUCUUAACCCUGGGAAAAAAGGUGCAGUUGCCAAUCAGUUGAAUAAAGUAGAAGUGUCUUCUCUAGAGGGCAGGAAGUCUGGAGGAACUCAAAAGCACCAGCAUACUUCAAGUUUUGACAGAGCUUGUAAUAAACUUGCAGAAGUGAAGAGCAGAAAGGAAGAACAAACAAGACAGGAAAUUUAUGCCAGGAACAGAGAAAAAGCUAAAGAGUUUCAGAAGAAAAUGCUGGAUAAACUACGAGCCAAGAAGAAUUGGAAAGCAUCAUGAGUGGCAGGCUUGGAGCAACAAGAUAGAGUUCAUGAAGUUUGGAACCCUUGGGCCUCUUCAGCUUGAGGCUGGGGAACUUUUAACAAAACCCAUCUCAGACCCUCACAGUCUACAGAGCACUCCAGCAGAUUAGCCACUGCUUUAACCCAGGGGGACUGAGUGAAAAUCCUUUCUACAUGUCUAUUAGUGUUAAAGGGAGAUCACAACUUUUUUUAUGUGUAUAAAACACUUCCAAAUAAAGGUUUUUCUAAUACUUGAA